AAAAAGUAGAAAGUUGAAGAUGGAAUUACGUAGAGGAACUGGUUUCUGAUGGCCUUGUUGAAGAAAAGCGCUGCAGACUUCGAAAAAUUUUCCGGACGAUAAGUGUUUUGAGUUCGAAAGGGAAUAAUGGCUUUAUGAUCGCAGAAUUAUUAAUUUGUAUAAAGAAAUGGAUAAAUCUACUAGGCUGCCAUGGUCGCAGAGGAUCAGUUUCGGCGUGGGUCACUGCCUCAACGACCUAACAGCGUCCAUGUGGUUCAGUUACCUCAUGGUCUACCUUCAGCUGGUGUUGGGUUUCGACGCCAUAAACGCUGGACUGGUACUGCUUGUAGGACAAGUGGCGGAUGCCAUUGCUACGCCGCUUCUAGGUUAUGAAGUUAGUAGUGAAAAAGCGACAGGCGCAUUUUGCAGAAAGUAUGGCCGAAGAAAGUUCCUUCACCUUUUUGGCACGAUUUGCGUGGUGAUCAGUUUCCCCUUCAUCUUCAGCAUCUGUCCAGGUUGCCAAAAUGCGGACGAAUAUGCCCUGAUGAUGAUGCUGAUUCCGCUGGUCAUUAUAUUUCAGGUGGGCUGGGCAGCCGUCCAAGUAUCCCACUUGUCGCUCAUUCCAGUCAUCACCCCCCACGAAGGGGAAAGAGAUUUCCUCAAUGUUCUGAGGUAUGCCUUUGAUAUAGCAUCCGACAUAGGAACAUAUGUCGUCGUUUGGUGCGUUAUUGAUUUAACAAAAGAGCCUACUCAAACAUUUCAUACUGUCACAGGAGAAUAUGCCAACAAAUUUAUGCUCAUUGUUCUCCUCAUUAUUGGCAUCGGGACCUUCUUUUCUAUGGUGUUCCACAUCGGGGUGAAAGAAAACACUUCGUCCCCUUUCUCCUCGGAAGACAACAGCUAUGACAAAGUUCGCCAACCGAUGACGAAUCUAUCAUUCCCCACUGUUGAAGCCAAUCUCUCUUGGCGAGGAUGGAUGCGAGAAAUGCACUUUUAUCAGGUGGGGCUGCUUUACAUGCUGGUAAGGGUAUUUCAAAAUAUGAGUGCAAUUUUCAUGCCCUUAUAUUUACAAGAAUCGUUGCGAGCCAAUGAUGAUUUCAUCGCCAAAAUUCCUCUUGUGAUGAAUCUCAGUGGAUUCAUUGUGUCUUGUUUCCUACCCAAACUAUUCAAGGUUCUCAGCAAAAAGAUUACAUUCCUUGCUGGGGCGACAAUCGGAGUUGGAGCAUGCGCAUGGAUUACUGUGGGUCACGGUACCAGUUAUUGCAGUAAGGGGAUCUAUGUGGUGGGCGCCAUGCUUGGAGCGUCCUCUUCUGUGUUGAACAUCAGCGCCCUCUCUUUCAUACAUGACCUGAUUGGCACUAGUUCGGAGAGUGGAGCUUUUGUUUAUGGUUUUAUGAGCUUCUGGGACAAAAUGGCAAAUGGAGUAGCUGCCAUGUUAGUCCAGCAUUUGCACUCCACUCUUUGCAAGAACUGUGAUUGGUUUUAUCGGGAAGUAAUGUCUGUCGGCAUUGGAGGAGUUAUUAUUGCUGCCAACAUCGUCCUUAUUACUCUUCUGCCAGCUGCACUGGGAGAAAGGCAAUCUAUUUACAAUGGUAAAAAGUCGAACUCAAAGAUGGAAGAAGCCAACUAUCAAUCUAUCGAUGCUUCAGAAGGAUCCAUUGGUUUACAAGAGAAACCAAUGCUGAAAAAUGGACUUUCUUCAUAACAUAUUUUUUUGGAAGACAUUUCUUUUGUGAUAAAUUUAUGAGGACACUGAUUUUUCUUCUGUUGCUUUAAGCUCACACGUCUCUAUUACUUUGCUCGCAAGAACAAUGAAAAAGGUUAAUUACCUACCUGAGCCAGCAACAUAUCCGCGAAUGUAUUCCGAAAUAUAUAUUCAGGAUCUCUAGGACAGCGUUUCUCAACCUUUUUUGAACCGCGGACCGGUAAAGUCUUUUUUUAAAAAAUUGCGGAAAAAUAUUUUUUUUUUUUUU